AUGGCUGAAACAGUCACUACAUCUUAUCCAACGUCAGCGUCACCCGGGGGUGUUCCACAAGAUCAAUCCUAUGGUCAUCAGCAGUACACUUAUCAAGCACAAGCUCACAGUCCUGGAGGAGCUGGAGCAUCCUAUGGACAAAUAAACGGAUAUAACCAAGGGUAUCAACAAGGUGUAGGUGGAGAUCAACAACAACAAGAAGUUGAAUAUACAAAUCAAAAUAUUGUGAAUGGUGGUGGUGGUGGACAAGAAUACAGUCAGUAUGGACAAUAUGCAACGAGAAGUGGGGUAGAAGGCCAACAAUAUGGAGGUUAUAUUGAUGGUGCAUCAGGAUCAACUGAACAAAAUCCAGGUGCUCUAAUACAACAAUUCGGCGGUGGUGGUGGCGGUGGUGGUCAACUCGUACAAGGACCGCAUGGUUCAUAUAAAAUUAAUUUCGAUCCAAAUCCUCAAAUUAUUCGUAAACAUGCAAACGAUGCUGUAACAUACAAACAAGAAGUUGCUGUUCGAUACCUUCGUCCUCCGACGCCUCCUCCACCGGGGCCAUUGAUCAUUAAAGAAGUUCGUAAUCCUGCCUUACCAGCAGCUCCUCCAAUCGUUAUUCGUCAACGGCCACCUCGACCAGCAACACCACCACCAUUGAUUAUUAGAGAACGACCUCCACAGCCACCGGCACAACUUGGACCAAAAUUGAUAACAAAGCCUGUACCACCACCGCCUCCCCCACCUCGUCGAGUUAUUAUUGAGCGCAUGCCGCCAUUACCUCCAAAACCACAAAGUAUUAUCGUCGAACGCUGGUUACCAUAUAAACAACAAAAACGACGUGUUAUUUAUCAGAAAGCACCGCCUGUUCCUCCACCUGCUCCACAAAAGAAUUUAAUAAUACAAUGGGAAGGCACACAAGCACGCGUAGUAAAAGAAUUUCGAAACCUCGGCAUCAUUAAAGCAGAUCCAAAUGCAUAUGUUCAACAAUAUGGUUCACAGCUGAGACCUACACAAGGUCUGCCGGAUUUCGUUAAAGUAUUACCGACACCUAAUCUUGGACCAGAAUAUAAUGGACUUGGCGGUCCUGAUACGAUCAAUCCCGCCUUACUCGCUAAUGGUGGGCCACCAAAUUUUGGCGGUCAAAAUGGAUAUGAUGUUAUUGGUGGUGGACAAGGUUUGUUAGCAAGUGCAUCAGGUGUUUCGUUAUCAGGCGGCGCUCAAAAUGGUUAUGCAGUUGACGGUGCUCAAUUUGCAGGGUACGGUGAUCCACGAGCAGGCGUUAUAGAGGGAUCAAAUAUCGGUGGUUUUGGAAAUGUUGGCACAUCAGGCUAUAGUUAUCAACAAGCGGGUUACUCUACAGGAAGCACCCAGGAAGGACAAGGACAACAAUUUGGAGUUGAUCCACAACAAGGUGGUAACUCGUACGAACAAACACAAGGAUAUCAAAAUGUUCAGUAUCAAACAAUGCCAGUUGGAGGUCACGUACUUCAGGAAGCAGAAUUGUCUAUCGGUUUUCUUCGCCGAAAGAUAUUUGACUUCAAUCGUUUUGACAAAAUAAAAAUGAAAGAAAAGAAACGAACUCAUAGUGAAAAUAAAAGUGAUACGGAAGCAAUGGAUACAAGUACUAAUACUAGCAUUUUGAAAGAAACUGAUAAAGAAGAAAAUGGUCGAUCAUAUGAAGAUAAAUUUCAAUUUAUGAAUCCGAUAGCAAAUCCGGUAGCUUCUAAAAAAAUAGCAAAAAAAUUGUUUAAAUGUAUUAAACAAGCAUCAAAACAUAAAAAUUAUUUACGUCUAGGAUUACGAGAAACACAAAAAUAUAUUCGACGUGGUGAAAAAGGAUUAGUUGUUUUAGCUGGAAAUGUUACACCAAUUGAUAUUUAUUCUCAUAUGCCUGUUGUGUGUGAAGAAGCAAAUAUACCCUAUGUUUAUGUACCAUCUAAAGAAGAUUUGGGCAGUGCUGUUAGUGCUAAUAGAACAGCAUGUUUACUAUUAAUACGUACACAUGAAGAUUAUAAAGAUUUAUUCGAUGAAUGUGUAGAAAAAAUUAAAACACUAUCAUAA